CGCUGGAACUUCCUCCGCCAUCAUUUGGCAUUUCGCUUACUCUUCUUCAGCCGCCGUCCGGCGAUAAGAUCGUCGUAGUCUCCCAUCUUGUGGAAGGUGCUGCCACUUGGCCUACUCUCUGCCGCUUCUCUCUACUUCAGCUUACUUUUCCUAAUUUCCCUGGCCUGAAACUAAUUUUCUCUGUUGAAUUGCAAAGGAUUUUGGGCGUGCUAGUUGUAGAAAUUGUUAUUUUGCUGAGUAAGAUAAAUUGACCAAAUUUUCUUGCUUUUGGUUGGGAAUUUAUGGAUUUCUACAGCCAGGUUCUCAUUGAUUCGCAUUUCAUGAUGAAAUUUCAGUAGCCCACGAGAGAGAAUAUUUGCAAAAUGGUGCUGACAGUAGCGGAAACUGCUUCCACUUCUCUGCUUCUUGGGUUUCAUGGGGCUAUUUGUCCUCGUAUUCCAAGUUUUAGUCAAGGGAUCAAUCUCCAUCAACUUUCUAGAAAUGGAAGGUUUGUGUUUCGGCAAGAGCAGAAAUGGCGUGCUUCUACAAUGAGAACUCGGGUUGUUGAGUCGAAUGAGGCAUUGGCGUUGGAGACGUACGGCGGAGUUUGGGAAGACCCUGAUGAUGGAAGUGAGAGUGAUUAUGAUGAUGGGGAAGACGAAAAUGGAGCAGUGGGAGGGACUGAGACUGAUGAUGAGAGUGAGUCAAGGGGAGGAGGAAGUGAUGCUCAAAUGCCUAAUACUACUGCUUCAGAGACCUAUGAGGAAGAUCUUGCAAAAGAGGUUGAACAGCUUCUAACACCAGAAGAAAGACGGAUUUUACAAGAAAAUGAAACACCUAAUCUUGGAAAAAUAUCAACGGCAAAGUGGAAGCCACUGCAGACUCUUGCACUGUCAGGCCAGAUAAGACACAUGGACAAACUGGUCAAACAUGGACUCGAUAUUGACAGCAUAGAUAAGGGUGGCAGGACUGCUCUGCAUAAGGCUGUGAUUGGGAAAAAAGAGGCUGUAAUCAGUCAUCUCCUCCGAAGAGGUGCCAGCCCACAUAUUAGAGACAAGGAUGGAGCUAGCCCUCUGCACUACGCUGCCGAAGUUGGUGCCAUCCAGAGCGUGAAAUUGUUGAUCAAGUACAAAGUUGAUGUCAACGCCACAGAUGAAGAAGGGUGGACACCACUGCACAUUGCAGUGCAAGGUAGGAACAGAGACAUAGCGAAAGUGCUUCUGGUCAAUGGCGCGGAUAAAACAAGAAGAAACAAGAAUGGGAUGACAGCGUUGGAUAUAGCAUUACGAUAUGGGAGAGACUUCAAGUCUUAUGACCUUGCCAAGCUGCUGAUGAUAUUACCAGCUAACAGAGAUCCACUGUAAUCAAACAACCAUUAUGAAGCAGCAAUUAUAUAAGGUGGAAUGGAGGAGUUUCUGAAUGGUCAAUCAGUUGUUGGCUCAACUGAGUUCUUCUGUGCAGAUACGCUCAUGGUCUCAUUGCUAAGAUCACAAAGACAUCACAUAUAUCAUUGUAAAGAAAGGUAGCAAACCUAGAUUCCUCUGCCUCACAAACCCAUUGGCAGAAAGAAACAGGAACCUGACAGAACAGUAGAUCAUUGUAAUGAAAUGGAUAUCUCGAUAAUGUUCAGUUUUUUAUUUCAAAUAGAUUCAGAUGAUGAAUGGGACAAGGCAUUGAGCAGGUCGUUCCAUUUAUGUCAAAAUUCAC